AGGCUUUUGUGCCAUUUGGCAAGAAACUUUUCAAGCAGAGAGUUUCAAACAAGGAACUGUCAGUGCGUGCUUUGCUAAGUUAUCAAACACUUUCGAAGGGCGUUGAAUGAUAUUUUGACGGUGCGAGAGCUUAGAAGAUUCCUGGAAGUUUCCCGAGAGUCCAGCAACGGACGUUGAGCGUCUUGAAAGGAUGUCGCAAGACACGAAUGGUAAGACUGAAAAGCCGGCUCGCAGUAAUCAUGUGUGUCAUAGCACCAAGCUUCAUCUGACAGAGACGCAGAUUACGGAGUUGCGAGAAGCAUUCACCUUCUUUGACGAAGACGGCAAUGAGAGGAUCUCAUCUACAGAGUUGAGGAAGGCGAUGCAAGCUUUUGGAGACAACCCCACUUUAGCUGAGGCAGAGGAGAUGAUCAAGGCCGUGGAUCGAGAUGGUAAUGGGACGGUUGAAUUCAACGAAUUCGUUGAGCUGAUGGGAAAGAAGAUGGUGUUCGUGGAUCCAGAGAAAGAGCUUAAGGAAGCAUUUAGGAAGUUUGACAGAAACGGCGAUGGAAAGAUCACGCCAGAGGAGCUGAGAUAUUACUUGACAAACUUUGGAGAUGAGAAGUUUAGUAUUGUAGAGGCAGAGGAGUUUAUACGCGAGUUCGAUACUAAUCAUGAUGGCGUCAUUGAUUAUCAAGAAUUCUGCCAUAUGAUCACAAAUAGCUUCAACAGCAGUCUCGACAUCAGAGCAGUUAGGAGUAGAUUAGGAUUGUUUACUAGAAUAAUGGAGAACCAAAACCAACCAAAGAGACCAAGUAACAUGACGCAGAAGCAGUUCGAUGAUCUGCGCGAUGCAUUCAACCAGUUUGACAAAGACGGUGACAACACCAUAUCCGUUGAGGAGCUCGGGUAUGUCAUCCGGGCCAUGGGACAGAACCCCACAGAGAAGGAGAUACAGAAGAUGAUGGACGCAGCUGAUUUAGAUAAAAGUGGUAGAAUCGAAUUCAACGAAUUCGUUGAGCUCAUGGCCGAGGUUCCUGUGAGUGAGGACCCCGAGGAGGAUCUACUGGAAGCGUUCCGGGUGUUCGACAAGGAUGGGAACGGGUUCGUGACAGCGGAGGAGUUCAAGGCGACCAUGACUGAGAUGGGCGACAUGAAGAUGUCCAUGCAAGAUGUGGAGGACUUUAUCAGGGAAGCGGAUGCUGAUGGCGAUGGCAAUCUGAAUUAUCAGGAAUUCGUCAAAUGGAUCUGUGCAAAGAAAUGAGGUGUGAGAGAGGACUCGGAGAGGAGCGAUAAGAACAUUUCGACCCACUGCCAUAUACAAUAGAGAGCUUUCGCAACUGUUUUAUGAACAGUACGACAUUCAUAUGACGUCAGCAAAACCGGUGUACAUGUACAUGUAAGACUCAUCGUAGUUCGACAUUACGAGGCGGAACCUCUCUGUUCCGGAAGACGUUCGAUUAAUCAAUUCUCGCGAUGUUGCCCCUUGCUAUUUCGUGUCGUUCGGAAAUACGAAACAUACCAAGUAAUACUGCAUACUGACUUUAUCCUGAAUCCAGAACAACUUCUGAGAUCAGAAUUUCAACAUGGUGUACAACUCGACAUCUUUAUGACGAAACCUGAUUUGUAACAUUUCAAUGAUUUAGUUUGUGACAAAUUGAUUUUAAAAGAGAUUAGACGUGACAGUGAAAACAAACUGCCACAAAACCCAAGGCAGAGGACGGUUAUUUUUUAAAUCUUACAAUUGGUGUUACCAGUAAUUGCUAUCUACAGUGUUGGCCUAUACCAUAUUAAUUACUUUAUUCGGUACUUAAAUAUGUCAACGUGUUAAUUUCUUCGUUGUAAUGGCUAAUAUUGUUCGAUUUUUUUAUUGCUUAGUGUCUUUGUGCAUUGUAAUUGUACGACCUAAUCUAUACUAUAUAAUGCGUGUUGUGGCGGCGAAACAGAAGGUGAAUUGGGUUUCAAAAUGGGACCUCGGCAAUGCGUUGAAUGUUUGCAACUUUAGGCCUAGUACGUGUUGAUCAUAUCUAAGAGUGGAAUAUCUCGGUGGGUGUAGGAUAUUUUAGGGAAAUGUCCACUUUCAGGAGCACGCUGACUGAGAGCUGUACCUGCUAAUCGGUUUCUUCUAUAUACAUGUUUAUCAUCUGUCGUGAGAUCAAUUGAGUCUAUAGCUGUGUCGAAUAUGUUAAUAAAUGCAUCGCAUGUAAUUGUCGUCAAUUCAGAGAAAAUCGUAAGUUUGGUGUCAGCUUUAAUUCACAAAUGUAUCCAGAAUUAUUGGCAAAAUCGUAUCUAACAUUCCUUGAUGCAUCUAGUUUGCUUUAUUGAGAUUGAUAAACUUUCAAUUACGCCUACAUUUCGUUACAAAUGGUUUUUAACACGUUUAGAAGCGCAGUAGUAAAUUUAGAUGGUAGAGAUGCAUGUAGCAUGUAACUAACAAGUAACAUGAGUGUUUGAAUUGCUGGUAGACACAUCUCUAUUAGGCAAAAAAAUUAUACGAAUCAUUUUGGCAGUCAUAUUCUCGUGCCUCACCCUUUUCUAAUUUUUUGGACUUAGUAAUAAAUCUAGCGUAUGUAUCUUAUUUUUGUGAAAUAUUUCACAUUAUUUUGCUAUCCUACUGCAGCAUUGUGAUAAAGACGUU